CGGCCGAAUCCCAAUCUGUCGCUGGCUCGCUGCCAUCUCCCUCUUCUUCUUCGCGAUCCUGUCUGCCAUGGUCCUCCUCGUCGCUGUUCCAGUCGAGAACGGAUUCUAACGGCGUUAUUCGAUUUAAUCUUUCAAUCGUCGCCAGUAUACCAUUGCUCUGCAACUUCGUCUCGCCGAUUGCUUCUUUUGCUGGACUGCAGUUUGCUUGUUUUGUUCGCUUUCUAUAAUCACUAGCCAAGGCUACCGUGCGUUCCUGUCUCGCUUUUGGCCGCAGUUAUCGCUCCGUCGGAACCGUCGAAGGAGAAAGAAGAGUCGUGAGAAAUGUUUGGUAUUUCCUACGGAGAGCUGUUCCUUCUACUUGGUGCAACUGCUGCUCUAAUCGGUCCCAAGGAUCUCCCAGUCAUAGCAAGAACCGCAGGCAGGCUAGCUGGCCGUGCGAUUGGUUAUGUUCAAAUGGCUCGUGGCCAAUUUGAUAACAUAAUGCAACAAAAUCAAGCUCGCGAGGUGCAUAAAGAACUUCAAGACACAAUGGCCCAACUAGAAGCAAUCCGCCAUGAAAUCCGAACCAUCUCGUUCAUUAAUCCUGGCCCAUUGACUCGGAGGCUUGUAGACAAUAUUGACCAAGCAUCUAAUUCUAGCGGUACCAGUGAGCCACCGAAAAGUAAUGCAGAGAUCAGUCCAACUGUCAUUAUAGAUGCUAAGAAUUAUAGUUCAACAACAUCAGAAUUUUCUGAUAUGCACAGCCAGGCAACAGCUUAUGCAAAACUGGCUGAAUCAACAUCUAUAAACUCUCAGCCUGAGAAAAGUAAUGAAAUUAUUGAUGAGCUAACUGAUGAAUCUGGGCUUACCAUUCUUCCUGUAUCUGCUGAAAGCACUGGAUUGCUACCAGAUCGCAAGGGUGCUGCCGUGCUGGACCAUUGUUGGAAUGUGGUUUGAUGGAGCAGUAUCUUGACGUCUCCUCUGAGCUGGGAUUAUGAUGCACAAAUGUUGGGUACUAUGAAAAUUUUGGCGGAUGGGAAGUUUCAUACAUUCACAUGUUCAGUAGUCAGGAAACUAGAGAAGGGAAAUGUUAAAAUGGAGUUUUCCAUGUGUCCUUAUAGUAGAAUGGAUUGUAGAGGUUGUUACUGUAAAAAUGCCAUGGGCUCCAACCCGAAAGUGGCCACUAAAGUCAACUUUGGGCUCUAGUAUUCAUUUAAUAGAAACCCAAAAUCUCACCAAUGCAGUAUCAUUGUUGGAUGUGGGUUAUGACAAAUUUCACAUGCUAGUCCUUGGCAUUCUUGCACAACAAUGUUAAAACACUGUUAUGCAGUUUGAGCAUAUGCUAGCCACUUAGCAGCAGCUUUGAGUUAGACUUUCUGAUAACUUGUAACACGAUAGGCCCCUGUCAGAAAAAAAUCCUAAAUGAAGGUAAUAUACCUCAAUACUUCCCAAGUGCACUGCCAAUAUGAGAUAUGAUCAUGACAAUCAUCCUGUUACCUGAGCAAGCGUGGUGUAGAGAGGCUUGGAUACUUUUGGAUCUAAUAUUCUGCAUUAUUUGCACAGGAUGGCUGCCCUUAGGCUUGAGUACAUCUUCUCAUGCACGAAUACUGAGAAUCUAAUGCUUCUAUUGAAGAAAUCUUGAUCCACCCAAAGAAAGUCAUGAUAUUGAAAUGACAGUUUAAAUAUCUGCAACUGCAAGUAUCUCAGGAAUUUGUUGGCCCCGUGUGCCUCACUCGUUGCAUAUGCUGCAUGCAAUAAUACCACAUAAUCCAUGCAACAAUAGUAAUAAAAUUUGCGUGACCCAUUAGUAUGUUUUCUUUUUGAAUGCAUUUGAAGUAUAUGUCACAGUAAGUAUUAACUUGUAUGUUCGCUGAUUCCUGUUAAUGCAUCUUAUUUAUAUCUUGAGAGUAAUGUAUUAGACAUGGUUGCAUUUUUUUAUGUAUAAUCUUAGCCAUGCCUUUCAUGUUUUUUGAGAGCAUUGAUCUCCCAGUUUGA